AUGCCAAAUGACUUCAUGAAGAAUACCGAGAUUAACACACAAGACAACAAGUUUCCCUACUGUGUCGUGUUUUCCUACCUACCAUGCGCGUCCACCUUCAUCCCCAUAGUGGGGCAUGUCGGAAUAUGCACAUCCUCAGGCGUAAUUCACGACUUCUCCGGGUCAUACACUAUCUCAGUUGACAAUAUGGAAUUUAGCGACCCAAUGAAGUAUUGGCAGUUGGACAAGAAUAAACUUCCUCUGGCCAUCACUGACAAGUUCUACGAUGAAGCCAUCUACCAAGCGGAUGAAGUUUUUUCCAAAAGGAAGCAUAACCUAUUCGUUAAUAAUUGCCACCACCAUGUCGCCAUGGUCCUGAAUAACAUAAAGUAUAAGGGGAGAUCCAACUGGACCCCGUUCAAGGUGGUCCUAAAUCUGGUGAUCCAUGGCCAUUUCGUCUCGUAA